UCGAAUGGGCCAUGCUAUUUUCAUUUUAUAACUGUCAUUAUAAACAAUUUAUUUUAAAUGCAAAUUUAUUAUGCUUAAGAUCAAAUUUUUAGUUUCAGUCAUAUAUUUUUCAAACAUAUUCGUUUGUGCAACAAAAUACUGUGAAAUAUGUCCAGAACACACGCUAUGCAAAUAUAAAGUACCGGGGCCAAGUCCACAGUGUGUCGGAUAUGAUCCAAAUGCAUUACUUUCAGAAGAUGAUAGAAAUUCUAUUCUUGAUAAAAUAAAUGAGCGGAGAAACUUUAUUGCAAUUGGACAUUCAAGAUUCUUUCCAACAGCUGCUAAUAUGAACAAGCUUAUGUGGUCUGAAGAACUCGCUACAUUUGCUCAACGAUGGGUCGACCAAUGCGACCAAUAUCUCAGACCUGACAGAAAAGACAAAUGCCGCGAUUUGGAUUUUGCAGAGGUGGGACAAUGUAUCGCGACAGUAACAGGUUCAUCAUCUCGUUACAAUGUCAAAAGUCUCGUGGAAAUGUGGUUUAUGGAAUCCAUGGACUACACUGGCAGCGUCACAUAUUAUAACCAGUCUCGAGACCACAAGACUAAUUACUUUACGCAAUUAAUUUGGGCUGAUACAGAUAAAGUAGGUUGUGGCAAAGCGAAAUUUUUUCUUGUUAAAAUAUUUCAGGUGAAAAAUGUCAAACCUGUUAUAGUCGACAGACUUGUUUGCAAUUUUGCACCGAGGGGCAAUAUACAUGGAAAACCCAUCUAUACUAUAGGAUACGCUGCUACCCAGUGUGGCAGUGGAAUGGAACGCGACACAACUUUUCCUGGAUUAUGUAGUCGUCGGCUGAAACCUAAAGGUACUUUGCCUCCUUUGAACCCUUCAGCUACUAGCACAAGCUUUCUAAGGAUUCGUAAUUUGUUUAACAAUGAUUCAGCAAGACAAGAGAUUGAUCCUAUUUAUAGCAAUAUAAAUCAAACGAAAAAAGACUUACAAAUAACAACGGAAAAUCAUAGUUAUGUCUUACAUUUUGUAAAUAAUUCCUACGAUGCUGUCAAACGCAGUUACCCCUUUAAAAAUGAAGAGAUCUGGAAUAAUCACCGACUUAAUAACUCAACAUAUUACUAUGGAGAUUAUUUUCAAAAGCGUGAUAAGGGCCAUUCUAGAGUUUAUCAUGGUCACGAUCACAGAAAUGAAUUUGAUUAUUUACACCCCGAAACUGUAAAUCAAAAUGCGCGAAGAUACGAUUAUCCGACAACUUCUAACAUGGAACAAGAUUACAGAAAACAUAAUAUCGAUCAGCAUUGUACUCGUAAGUCAGAAAGGAAGCUUACCGUCUUUGAAACAUCAGGAUUUUUGCCCUGCAAACAAAAAAUUAACAAAUGUACGAGAGGCCAAAAGAGCAAUAAUUGCCGCCAGAAUAAUGAUUGUCAAAUGACAACACACAGAUGUGAAAAGCAAGUUCAAACUACGACGCAUCCAAAUUCACGUGAAUUUUGCGAAUGUACUCCACUUUCGACUGCUUAUCAUCCGAACUCCAAUCAGUGUGCACACACUACCAGUUUCGAAUGUGUUAACGUAAAUUGUGCAACUAAACCCUGUGCGCACAUGCUAAGAACUCUUAGAGAUGAAGAAUUAGAAAAGCCAAUUGAUUUUCAAUAUUACGAUGCUUUGUCAUAUAUUGCUCAGCAUAGCACAAGCAGAUCAAUUUUAAGAGACUCGCACAUUACACGUGAUAUUCUUUCAGAUGAAAAUCCUUUUUCACCAAUUAGUAAACAUAUGAAAAGGUUAAACAGGCGAAAACAACGUAAUCGAAAUCACAGUGAAAGAAAAAGAAGAGCAGCAGAAGAACAAGAAAACUUUAAGCCAUUUUGGCAAAUGGAUGAAUACGUAAACCAAAAUCAACCACAGUUAAAAUCCAUGAGAUAUACCACAUUAUCGAAUAAAAAAAAUGCAAAAAAUAUAAGAACGAGAAAACGACCUAAAACUACCAUGAAAACUGAACCCAUAACAGUGACGCAUAAAGAACGGAUAAAUAAUGGUAAGCGAAUUACUGAAAAAUAUUUAUCAUUUGAUGAACUUAUGCAUCUGAGGAAAAAUACACCAGAGGAUUUAGGUGGUCGACGUUAUUAUGACGAAAAAGAAGUUUUAAGAGCAUCCAAUACGUCAACAACCGUUAGUGAAACAACUACAACUGAAAGUACAUCAACAACAGAAGAAACACCACAGUACUCUUUUAACACACCAUAUAUCCGUAUGAAAUACUGUACUCGUAAAUUAACUUGUACUUGGACUGCUGCAUCGUUAACCGAUAGUGCGGGUAGUAUUAUUCCGGGAGGAGGUGGAAAUGCGAUUGGUGGUUCUCGGACCCCUCCUGGCUAUGUAGAAGGAUGUACACGCACUUCUACGUGUACUCGUGAUUAUAUGCACAGAAAUAAGAUGGCAACGUUACCUAUUGAAACAACAAGCCCUGAACCUGAACCCGGUGAUGAUGAAGACUAUUGUGAACGUCGUUCCCUGAACAGACGUUCCAACAGUAAUACGAAACAAGGCAACCAAACAAAUUACUUUUUUAACAAUGUAUCCAAUCUAAACAAAUCUUUAUUUGAAGCUUUCAACAAUUGCAUUUGUUACGAUAGAAAUUUCAGAAGUAAAAGACAAGAUUAUAUUCAUAAUGAUUCAAUAUCAAGAUAUACGAAUCUAGUAAAAAGAGAAAGUAAAAAUCACAUCAAAUACGAAACUGGUUUAUUAUCAUACAGCGAUUUGUACUAUUACGUAGUAAGGAAAAUAAUUGAGAUGUGGCAAAUUGCAAAAAGUUCAUAUUUUCAUGAGAAAUGUCUUUGUAAUGGUGUUCGCAAAAUAUUACGCUCUAAUUUGUUCUUAAUUUUUUCAAUGGUUUUAAUAUUAUAUUUUCCUAGAUUUUUAUAA